CGGUUACGUUUAAAGCAAUUUAGAGUAGAUGACUAUUGAAAUGAUUAAAGUUCUAUUAUUUUGUUUCGCCAUUUUGGCAGCCUCACUCGGUAAACGAAAAGCAUCGCAACUCUUCUCUAGUUCUUAUAUAUUGUAUACAAAAACUAAUCAUAAGUUUGGUCAAAGCUUAGUAGCGACUCCGGACUCAGUCAAACCCCUCACAAUCAAUUCUGGAACAAUUUGCGCUGUCAUCGUGCACGGCUAUGGAGGCAAAGGAACCGAUUCUAUGAGCCUAGUUUUACGAGAUGCUUUUUUGGGAAGCGGGAAUACUAACGUUAUUGUUGUGGAUUGGACGGUGGCUGCUGGCAGCAACAUGGCUUCCGAGGCCGUGCCCGCCAUUGCAGAUAAUGUGGCAGAACUCCUGAAACUGAUGGUUAUUUCCAACAAAAUAAGCAAAACAAAACUUCAUCUAGUCGGAUUUGAUUUGGGGGCUCAUGUAGUUGGUAAUGUUGGUAGAAUUUUUCAAGGUGUAGCCAGAAUUACUGCUCUUAAUCCAUAUGGUGCUGAUGAGUGGAUGUUAAGCAAUAAUCAUCUCAGAGCUACAGAUGCUCGAUACGUAGAAGUAAUUCACACAGAAGUGUCCCAAAUCGGCCUUCCGGUUGCUGUGGGCGACGUUGACUUCUUUCCACAAGGGGGCGUUAGACAACCUGGCUGUCAGGAUUUGGACUGUAGCCAUAAUCGUGCCUGGAAGCUGUUUGCGGCUUCUCUGACACAUGGUGGUCUUAUCGGCCACCGAUGUGAAACUAUUCGAAAUGCUCUGGAUCUUGAAAGAUUUUGUACAGGAUUUGCUUUACCUCUAGGAACCAAUGAACUUGUGAAAUAUGGAACUGGUAUCUUCCGCCUCGAAACUUCUGCAGUAUACCCAUACACCUGUAAUGUUAAAUGUGGAAUUAUUGACGGUGUAAUGGAAAGUAUCGAUAACCUAGGUCGUCUUUGGGAACAACCACCCGAGUGAAUGCGACAACGAUAUCCUCUUCGGCACAAAAAUAUAAUGUUUAAAUUAACACAUCACUUAUUUAUAUAGUUCGUGAGCCAAUCGCCUAUCCUAACUCGAAUUAAUAAGUUUUAAUAAAAAUAAUCACUGUGG